AUGGACCCUGGGAAAUGCACCUGCAUGUCUGGAGGAACCUGCAGCUGCGGAGACAACUGCAAAUGCAAAACCUGCAGCUGUAAAACAUGUCAAAAAAGCUGCUGUCCUUGCUGCCCCCCGGGCUGCGCCAAGUGUGCCAAGGGCUGCAUCUGCAAAGGGGCUUCGGACAAGUGCAGCUGCUGCCACUGAAAUGCAUCCAUCGUGCUGGG